AGCGCCGGGCUGGGCAGGGAGCACGGAGCCGCCUGCCCCUGGGCUCCGGCGACCAGUGCCCGAGGGAUUCGCCAUGGCCAACGCCGGCUUGCAGCUGCUGGGGUAUUUCCUGGCGCUGGGCGGCUGGGUCGGCACCAUCUGCAGCGCGGCGCUGCCCCAGUGGAAGCAGAGCUCGUACGCGGGGGACGCGAUCAUCACGGCCGUGGGGCUGUACGAGGGGCUGUGGAUGAGCUGCGCCUCGCAGAGCACGGGCCAGGUCCAGUGCAAGCUACACGACUCGCUGCUCUCGCUGGACGUUCACCUCCAGACCUCCCGGGCACUCAUGGUGGUUUCUAUCCUCAUGGGCUUUGUGGGGGUCAUUGUCAGCGUGGUGGGAAUGAAAUGUACCAAAGUGGGGGACGAGAACCCUGUUGUCAAAGGCCGGAUUGCUAUGGCCGGUGGCGUCCUCUUCCUCAUAGCAGCACGCUCGGCCUGUGUCUUGGACAAGUGCAGAGUCCGAGCCCCACAUCUCUGUGCCCUCCUGGCAGUGUCCUGUGAGCAGACUAUUGCACAUCAAGGCCUGUACAUCUCAGAGAGUUAG